AUGGAGUUCGAUCCUAAGACUCCCCAGUACAACACCUCCGACCCAACCUCCUUCGCCAGCGUCACGGUCGUGAGACGAUGGCCUGUGAUCAUCACCCAAUCGAUUGACGAUGUCCACCGAACGCUGUCCAAACUCGACGACAACGACAAGGUCAGGGAAGGCAAAAGGGUCAUUGAGAGUCUGGGGGCCCUCAAGUACGAGAUGCUUCACGACCGCAAGAUGACGCCUCUCGAGGACGACGGAUUCCCCGACGAAAUCGCCGCAUACAACAACGAGCUCGAGAAGCUGGGCAACCCUACUUGGCAAAAGGUCCCUUGGCUAUAUAGCGAGUGCUACAUGUACAGACGAAUCCACAAUAUCUUCAGACUUACUGAGCACUGGCAGAGCUAUGAUGUCUUUGCUCGCCAAAAGAUCAAGGGACUCCGAGACUCACGAGCAGGUGUCCUCGAAUUGGCGGCCCGAUACAAAGAACUCUUGGAGCAAAUCCGCUCCAACAGCAGUGUAGCUCAUGAUGAUGAGGCCGAGAAGAUUCUCUUUGCCGAAAUGUUCGACAUAUGUCUGUGGGGAAAUGCAACCGACCUAUCCCUGCUAACGACUCUUACCCACGAUGAUAUACAGCGACUACAAGGAGCGAAGGCUCGAAAGGCCGCCGAGGAGAACAUCCUCGCUAAUGAUGUCCCUGCAGCAUAUGAACUGCUCAAGAAGGCCCGAGAUGCCGGCGAGAAGGAACGCCAGGUCGACUUUGUUCUCGACAAUGCUGGCUUUGAACUCUACGCUGACCUGAUUCUUGCGGGAUACCUCCUUGCCUCCGGGCUCGCCACCCGUGUCGUCCUCCACCCCAAGUCCAUCCCAUGGUUUGUAUCCGACGUCAUGCCCGCCGAUUUCGCCGCCCUUCUCAACGCCAUCUCCAACCCCCGAGCCUUCUUCGAAACCCAGUCCGAAGAAGAGAGCUUCCAGGACAAGACACCCGCGCCCCUUGCCGACAAGGAAGUCCAAGACCUGUUGUUCCUGUUCCAGGACUGGGCGACACACCACGCCGAGGGCGAGCUGCUUAUCCGCCCCAACCGCUACUGGACUGCUGCCGGUAGUUUCUGGAGGCUGCCUCACGAGGAGAAGGUUCUGUAUGAGGAUCUCAAGGCCUCGAAACUUGUCAUUUUCAAGGGCGAUUUGAACUAUCGAAAGCUAGUUGCCGACGCAAUGUGGGAUCCCACAACUUCCUUCUCAACCGCCAUUGGCUCGCUCGGCCCAGGGUCUGGCGUCAAUGUCCUCGCAUUGCGAACUUGCAAGGCUGAUGUGGUAGUUGGUCUCAAGCCAGGGACAGACGAGGAGCUGAGGGCCACCGAGGAUGGCGGGGGCGAUUCUGGCGCCCGAAAAUGGUGCUGGAGCGGUAAAUGGGCUGUUGUGAGUCUGUCCAACGGCAGUUGA